UGUUCAGAUUUUCAUCGCGUUAAUGACAGUGUCGGGAAAACUGAAGGUUCCUUUCAGUUUUUAAAUACUGCCUACUUUUCAGGAACGAUUCUGGCCUUUUCUUACUCUCCAUUUUCGGGCUGAGAGCUGUCCUGCGCCUGGGAGCACAAGCGCUAGGGUACUGGUGUUACUCUAAAAGCAACCCUUCGUUCUCACGCCGGAAGCUGCUGGUCUAGCAGUGAAAGAGGCACGGCGUGGUCUUCAGUUCGCAAUGUCCACCAACAAUAUGUCCGACCCACGGAGACCCAACAAAGUGCUGAGGUAUAAGCCUCCGCCGAGCGAGUGCAACCCAGCUUUGGACGACCCGACGCCGGACUACAUGAAUCUCCUCGGCAUGAUCUUUAGCAUGUGCGGCCUCAUGCUUAAGCUGAAAUGGUGUGCUUGGGUGGCCGUCUACUGUUCCUUUAUCAGCUUUGCCAACUCCCGGAGCUCGGAGGACACCAAGCAGAUGAUGAGUAGCUUCAUGCUCUCAAUCUCUGCCGUGGUGAUGUCCUAUCUGCAGAAUCCUCAGCCCAUGACGCCCCCGUGGUGAUGUCACCUAGAGGGCUUGGAUCCUGGACUCCUGCCCACCUUCUGGCCUAGCCUUUGGCUGCUUCCAACCUACCCUUAGCUGCAGUCCUUCAACUUGCCUGAGUGUUGUCUCUGGUCUCUCAGCUUAAUGGAGGGAAGUUGGCCCUUUCUUUGGGUCCUGCCUCUGCGUUGACAAAGGGGUAACCCACAGACUUCCCUUUUACCUUCCCUUCCCUGGCCACUGUUAUGGGAAACCCUGUUCAUGUUUCUAAAAGUAUUCACUUGUUUUCUUGUUGAAACUGGUUGAUAUAAAAUUUUCCACUCUG